AAACAACUGCCAUUUUGUGUCAAUUGUCAAAGUUUGUUUUGAUAGUGAAUUUCCUUGCUGCUUUUAUUCAUUUUAGAGAGACUAUAAAGGUAUAUUCAAUCGCAAUAAAAUGGUGCAGCAGUGCUAUUUGUGUAAAAUUUAUAAACAUCAGGCUGGAGCGGAAUCUUUAAAAUUUCAUUCCCUUCCCAAGAACCCGGAAAGGAGAAAAAGGUGGUUGUCGGCCCUUGGAUUCGAGGAAAACCAUCAAUUUCCUAAGAGGGUGGAGCUAUGUUCCAAGCAUUUUGGAGAAAAUGCGUUUGUUUAUGGAAGUGAGGGACAAAAGACACUCAAGCGGGAUGCGAUUCCUCUCAUCUCUCAUUCUUUGUUUGAUCCUGCAGUAAGCACCAGUUCAGAAUCAUCUGUAAGUCCAGAGAAGCAAGAAGACUCAGAUUGUAGUACUAUAUCUGCCAUUUCAAUCACUUGUGAGGGGACUCCUGCUAAAAAAAAGGUAAGUUUAAUUUAUAUUCUCUAUCAUGUUAUUUUGUAGUAUAUUGAAAUUUCUAUGAAAUUGAACAUUUCUGAAGUCCUACAUCCAUAUGGAAGCAUUUUAUAUUUGCUGAAUUGAUAUCGUAGAUGGAAAAAAUACCACCAUUGUAGGUUCAAGUACAACAAGAAGGUAUUCAGGAAAUUAUCUAGGGUUUUCUAAUGAUUUAAAUAGAGCUUACCUCAAGCUGUACCAUAAAAAAGAUGAUGAAGUUGAAACUCAUUCAGUUUGAUAUAUGCCUUAAUAUAACCCUUACUAAAUGUUUGAUAAGUCCUAAUCAGCAGUAUUCUAUUCAUAGCACUUAUUUAUUUGUUGUUUACAGGUUAUUCAUGGAUGAAGAGAUGUAUAACUUUCCUGGCCCAUCAAAUGAAGAGUAAGGCUUAUUAAACAUUUGUGCUUUUAUACUGUUACAUAGGAAUUAAUUUUCUUCUUUGUAGGCAAUAUGUCCAUACUUCCUCAACAUUAUCAGCAUCAGAAAGUGAUAGUGCUGCUAAAACUGCUGGAGUACAAGAACAUAUGCUUGAU